AUGCUGGUGACCUAUUUGGAAGCCAGCCGGGACCUUUGCGAGACGGACUCAAUUCUUUUUGGCGCCGCGCUGGCAGUCUGCCGUAUCAUAGGCGCCAAGGUUUCCACGGCUGGACGCGCUACUGGCCAUAGUAGCGCUAUCCCAGCAUGGAGAAGAAGAAUUGAGGAACGUAUCGCAAAGGCUAGAGCUCUCAUCGGCAGACUGAUAUGCUUCAGAUCAGGCAACAACAGGCCAAGAAUUGUGCGCACCGUCAGGAUGGCGUUUGCUGGGACAAAUGUCAGUUUGUCCCAGCCGGAUAUAACGCAAAAACUGACGGAGCGCAUAGAUGAUCUGAAGCAGAGAAUCGCUGCUUGGGGAAAACGGAUUCGGCGAUAUACCGAGAGGUCGACACGGUUCAACCAGAAUCGUCUCUUCCAGAGUGAUCAGAAGAGGCUCUAUGAAUCAUUGGAGCGACCAAUGGUAAGUGGAACGGGUCCAGCACCGAAUCAGGCCGACACUGUAGCAUUCUGGCGCGGCCUGUGGUCAGAGCCCGUAAACCACAGCGAGGGCCCUUGGACGGAAGUUGUGGCGAGUCAGUGUGCGGGUAUUACGCCCAUGGACCCCGUCAUCAUAACGCCGGAUGACGUAGCUGAGGCGGUCCGUAGGGCCCUGAACUGGAAAAGUCCGGGGCUUGACGGGCUGCAUCACUACUGA